AUGCUCAACCCGUUGAAGGAGUAUGCUGUCAUGGCGGGGACGAGCUGAAGCUACGGUGCAGGCUAAAUCAGGAAGAGCAGGCGUUGGGACUAGGUUAACUCCGACAUUGAAUUAAGUCGAGGAGUUCCUAAAGGGACCACGACUGGACCUAUGUCCUUCGUCUAUUCUGACCGGAGCUGUGGACGGAUUUGACCCCGUUUCGGAGUUUUUUUUUUACUCUUGGCAGUUCGCUACCUGUCAAGUGUGGAGAGCCAGUGACAAUAGCAAGUUACGCUCCUGUACGCUAGUACCCUGGACACUAAAGCCGCUUGACCGGGUCGCUUAUACCUUGACAGUGAGGACAAAGUAUGGGAUUCUGCACUCCUUUUACUCUUGCUAUCGUUUCCUCCAGCAGCGGGAAUUUUCUUAUUGCGUUUUAACUGCAUCACUUCAUCCUCGUAUCAAGUUUCUGACGAGGCAGAGGAGUUGACAGAUAACUACCACGUACUGUUGUCGUAGCCACAUAUCCUCCUCGGUCUUUCAUCUGUAUUCCUGGUAGUUCUUGUUAAAGUGAUUUGGAUGGAGAGGGAAGAUAAUAUUAGUUGGUCUGUACCCUGUCAGUGGCUCAUCCGGAAGACCAAUAGAUAAGUAUAUUUCUCCGGCGAUAUCCAUUGCACCCCCCCCCCCCCCCCCUGUCCCCGUCCCCGUCCAUUGUAAGUGAACAGGUGUUUUACCUGUGAGCCUACUGCCUUCCCUGAGAAAUGGCUAGUGAAGAGACAUUGAGUGUUUCCCAGACAAGUGAUGGAAAUGGGGAAACAUCCAACGCGGUGGCGCUUAACCCCGGAAUCCCCAUCAGGGGAAUACGGAUGAAAUUCGCUGUACUUGCUGGCCUGGUGGAAGUUGGCGAAGUUUCCAACCGAGACAUUGUCGAGACCGUCUUCAACCUGCUGGUUGGCGGGCAGUUUGACCUGGAGAUGAACUUCAUCAUCCAGGAGUGUGAGAGCAUCGUUUGCAUGGUGGAGCUCCUCGACCAGUGUGAGCCCACCUGCCAGGCCGAGGUGUGGAGCAUCUUCACGGCCAUCCUGAAGAAGAGCAUCCGUAACCUCCAGGCCUGCACGGAUAUGGCCCUCAUCCAGCUGGUGCUGCAGCGAGUGGCUUCCACCGACAGCAUGAUCGCAGACCUAUUGGUGGACAUGCUGGGAGUUUUGGCCAGCUACAGCAUCACAGUGAAGGAAUUGAAGCUGUUUUUCAGUAAACUACAAGGAGAGAGAGGCCAGUGGCCUCCCCACGCGGUGAAGCUGCUGUCGGUGCUGAAGUGCAUGCCCCAGAGGAACGGCCCAGACGCCUUCUUCAGCUUCCCAGGGAAAAGCGCAGCUGCGAUAGCGCUGCCUCCAAUAGCCAAAUGGCCUUACCAGAACGGCUUUACCUUCCACACCUGGCUGCGCAUGGACCCGCUCAACAACAUCAACAUAGACAAGGACAAGCCUUACCUCUACUGCUUCCGCACCAGUAAAGGCCUGGGGUACUCUGCCCACUUUGUGGGCGGCUGUUUGAUCGUGACCUCGUUAAAGGCGAAGGGAAAGGGGUUCCAGCACUGCGUGAAGUACGACUUCAAACCACAGAAAUGGUACAUGGUGACAAUCGUGCACGUGUACAACCGCUGGAAGAACAGCGAGAUGAGCUGCUACGUCAACGGAGAGCUGGCUUCUUACGGCGACAUCACCUGGUUCGUCAACACCAGCGACACAUUUGACAAGUGCUUCCUGGGCUCUUCGGAGACGGCGGACGCCAACCGGAUGUUCUGCGGCCAGAUGGGGGCGGUCUUCUUGUUUGGCGAGGCCCUCAGUGCCGCUCAGAUUUUGGCCAUCUACCAGCUGGGCCCAGGAUACAAGGGUACAUUUAAAUACAAGGCGGAGAGCGACCUGCUGUUCGCCGAGCACCACAAAACGCUGCUGUACGACGGCAAGCUGUCGGGCAGCAUCGCCUUCACCUAUAACCCCCGCGCUACCGACGCCCAGCUCUGCCUGGAGUCCUCCCCCAAGGACAACGCCUCCAUCUUCGUGCACUCACCCCAUGCGCUCAUGCUGCAGGAUGUGAAGGCAGUGGUGACCCACUCGGUCCAGAGUGGGAUCCACUCCAUCGGAGGAGUGCAGGUCCUCUUCCCUCUGUUUGCACAGCUGGACUGUUACCAGCCCUCCAGUCAAGAGCUGGAUACCUCCGUCUGCUGCACGUUGCUCUCCUUCGUCAUGGAGCUGCUGAAGAACUCGGUGGCCAUGCAGGAGCAGAUCCUGGCUUGCAAAGGCUUCCUGGUCAUAGGCCACACUCUGGAGAAGUCUUCCAAGAUGCACGUGACGCGGCCGGUGCUGGACAUCGUCCUGGCCUUCGCCCGCUACCUGUGUAACCUGCAGAACGGCGUCAUGCUGCUCAAACAGCUGUGUGACCACAUCCUUUUCAACCCCGCCAUCUGGAUCCACGCCCCUGCCAAGGUGCAGCUGAUGCUGUACACCUACCUUGCCACGGAGUUCAUCAGCACCGUGACCAUCUACAACGCCGUGCGGCGGGUGGGCACGGUGCUGCAGGUCAUGCACACGCUCAAGUACUACUACUGGGUGGUCAACCCCUUGGACCGCAGCGGUGUGGUGCCCAAGGGCCUCGAUGGGCCCAGACCGACCCAGAAGGAGAUCUACUCCCUUCGAGCCUUUCUGCUGUUGUUUGUCAAGCAGCUCAUCAUGAAGGAUCACGGUGUGAAGGAAGACGAGCUACAGAGCAUCCUCAACUAUCUGCUCACGAUGCAUGAGGACGAUAACCUCAUGGACGUGCUGCAGCUGCUGGUGGCUCUGAUGUCGGAGCACCCCGGCUCAAUGGUGCUGGCCUUCGAGCAGCGCAACGGGAUCCGCGUGAUCUACAAGCUACUCGCGUCCAAAAACGAAGCCGUUCGAGUCCAGACACUGAAAAUCUUGGGCUACUUUCUCAAGAACUUGCAACCAAAGAGGAAGGCAGAGGUCAUGCUCGGUCACGGCCUCUUCUCGCUGCUCAGUGAGAGGCUGAUGCUCAACUGCAGCCAGGUCACCAUGACAACAUACAACGCGCUGUUUGAGAUUCUGACGGAGCAGAUCUGCACCCAAGUGAUCCAUAAGCAGCACCCGGACCCUGACUCUUCCGUGAAGAUCCUCAACCCACAGAUCCUGAAGGUGAUCGCUGGCCUGCUGAAGAACUCUCCGAAUUCUCCUGAGACCAUGGAGGUGCGCCGGGUCUUCCUGUCCGACAUGAUCAAGAUGUUCAAUAACAGCAGAGAGAACCGCAGGAGUCUGCUGCAGUGCUCGGUGUGGCAGGAGUGGAUGCUCUCGCUGUGCUUCCUCAGCGCCAACAGCAGCGAGGAGCACAAGAUCAACGAGAUGGUGUACGCUGUGUUCCGCAUCCUGCUCUACCACGCCGUCAAGUACGAGUGGGGCGGCUGGCGCGUCUGGGUGGACACGCUGUCCAUCACACACUCCAAGGUGUCCUUUGAGCAGCACAAGCACCACCUCGCCCGCAUGUUCACCCAGUACCAGCAGCAGGAGUCCUUGGCUCCCAGCGCUGCCAUCCGCACCGUCUCCGCCGCCAGCCACGACGCAGAGACCUCCACCGAGGAAACGGCCCCCUCCACCGUCAUAGAACUCACCGUGGACGAGGGGGUCCACGAUCAGAGCACGCCCGAUUCCACGUCCACUCCCAACCUCUCCUCCAGCCCAACAGAGGGUGCCGGAGAGAGUGGGCCCGCAACCGUCGGCGUGUCGAACAUUCUGGCUGGGCUAGAGGGAGAGGAAGACCCGCCGUCUCCCAGCGACGAAGAGACCAAAGCAGCUGGAGAUGCCGGCGUUGAGGCCCAACUGGAGGAGCCCAAAACCGAAGCACGCUCUGAAACACCUGAUGGCGACGAUUCACAAAGCGCCUCGGCCUCGCCGACUGAAGUGGCGAGCGCCUUGGCGUCGAGCCCUGCUGAGGUGGACGUCGCCCUGACGCAAACGGUCGAAAACACUACUGACAGCACCGACACUGAAGACGCACAGAUGCCUCAGAGCGACGGCGACAAGCCCAGAGAAAGCGUGCCGGAGGAUUCCCUGAAUGUUCCUGAGGGGGUCUCGUCAGAGCCCGACGCUAAGGAUAACCAGGAGGCUGUGGAGGCCAGCACCGUGGAGGCGGUUGAAGGCGGAGAUGGAGCCUCCGUCUCCAACGAAGACCCCAGCGAUGCUGUCGACAGCCUUGAGCCGUCCUCGGGUGAGGACACGAAGGCGGGAAAAAAGGAAGUAGAAGUAGAAGAAGAAGUCGAUACUGAUAAGACGGGGAUUGAGGAAGAGAAGAAGGAGGAGGAGGAGGAGAAAGCAACGGCGAGAGAAAGUGAGAGUGAGAAGAACGAGGAGACCGUUUCGGACCCCCAGAGUGAAGGCUUGAAGACGGAAGAGGCUGACGCUCCCGUGCCUGAUGCCCCCCCAACCGACCCACAAUCCUCGGACUCCGAGGCGCCCCCUUCGGCUCAGGACUCCUCGGCCAUGGCCACUCCCAUCCCUGCGGAUCCCCAGAGCGCCGCAGCCACCACCAAAGAAGAAGUAGCCCAAGCAGAGGCCUCCGUGUCAAGCACGGCGCCUCCUAGCACCAACACACAGAAGGCCGCCGAGCCGGCCGCCCCCACCAAAGAGAUCAAGAUCGCCCGGCUGGACGUGUCCAACGUGGCCUUAGACACCGAGAGGCUGGAGCUGAAGGAGACCUCUGCAAGCGAGCCCAGCGGCUCGAGUGCGUCGGUCUCCGCGGGAGGUCCUGCGCCGGCCCGGGACCCCGCCGCCUCCUCCUCCUCCUCCUCCUCCGGUCCUCGCUCCACCAUGUUCCGCAUCCCGGAGUUCCGCUGGUCCCAGAUGCACCAGCGUCUCCUAACAGACCUGCUGUUCUCCAUCGAGACGGACGUCCAGAUGUGGAGGAGCCACUCCACCAAGACAGUGCUGGACUUUGUGAACAGCAGUGAGAACGUGGUGUUUGUCCACAACACGGUGCACCUCAUCUCCCAGGUGGUGGACAACCUGGUGAUGGCCUGUGGAGGCAUCCUGCCACUGCUCUCUGCUGCUACCUCCUCCUCGCACGAGCUGGAGAACAUCGAGCCGUCGCAGGGCCUGACGGUGGAGGCCUCUCUCACCUUCCUGCAGCGGCUGGUCAACCUGGUGGACGUCCUCAUCUUCGCCAGCUCCCUCAACUUCAACGAGAUCGAGGCGGAGAAGAACAUGUCCUCCGGGGGCAUCCUGCGCCAGUGCCUACGCCUUGUGUGUGCCAUGGCCGUGAGGAACUGUCUGGAGUGUCAACAGCACUUCAAGCCCGGAUCGGACUCCAUGGGCCGCUCCCACGCCACCGCACCCGGCACCGGGUCCAUGGCUGCACAGAGUCCCGUUGACGUGGUUACCGGGGGAGUUUCUCCCAUCAGUGACAUGGACCGGCUGCUGCAGGACAUGGACAUCAACCGACUGAGGGCUGUUGUCUUCCGAGAUAUCGAGGACAGUAAGCAGGCCCAGUUCCUGGCUCUGGCCGUGGUCUACUUCAUCUCAGUGCUCAUGGUGUCCAAGUACCGCGACAUACUGGAGCCCCAAAACCACAAGAAGACCCCAUCACGCACCCAGUCUUCCCGGAGCACAGACAGCGGCGGCGUCCACGGCGGGCUGGAGCUGGAGAACGGCGUUCCUAUCCAGCGCUGCGACUCGGGCAUCAGCGAUGACCGUGCCUCCGCCGACGCGGCCGCCCCCCCGGGCGCCGGCGCCACCACCACCGUCGGCGGCGGGCCGGACGCCAUCUCGGAGGCCCUGUCCACACUGUCCUCCGAGGUGCGGCCCCCUCCCGCUGACGCCAAGGGCAAGAACGUCAAGGACAUCCUGCGCAGCCUGGUGAGCGCGCCCCACGAGGACGUGGUGGUGGACUCGGGGCUCCUCCCGCCGGCCUUCCUGGGCGCGCUGGGCGACGCCUCCAGAGACCCGUCCCGCUCCUUCCGCUCCUUUGAUAGGAGCGUGGUCGUGGCGCCCAAGAAGGCCAGCUCCUCGUCCACAUCGUCCGCCGCCUCGACCUCCUCCUCCGCCGGCGCCUCCGCUGGGAUGCCCGCCGACAGCGUUGCCGUGGUUUCAUCCACUACCCAGAGCACCUCUGCUGAUGCAGCUGCAGGAGGCCAGGCUCCAGCCAGCACCAACCUGCCAUCUGUCCCCAUCCUCGCCCCCAUCAGCACCACCCCCAGCAUGAGCAUCUCCGAGCGCCUGGAGCAUACUCUGGAGAAGUCGGCCCCCCUGCUGAGGGAGAUCUUCGUGGACUUCGCUCCCUUCCUCUCUCGCACCCUGCUGGGCAGCCACGGGCAGGAGCUCCUCAUAGAGGGCACAAGCCUGGUGUGCAUGAGGUCCAGCAGCUCCGUGGUGGAGCUGGUCAUGCUGCUGUGCUCACAGGAAUGGCAGAACUCCAUCCAGAAGAACGCUGGGCUGGCCUUCAUCGAGCUGGUGAAUGAGGGCAGACUUCUGAGUCACACUAUGAAGGACCACCUGGUGCGGGUGGCCAACGAGGCGGAGUUCAUCCUCAGCCGACAGAGGGCCGAAGACAUCCAGAGACAUGCAGAGUUUGAGUCCAACUGCGCUCAGUACGCGGCGGAGAAGCGCGACGAGGAGAAGAUGUGCGACCACCUCAUCCGGGCGGCCAAGUACCGCGACCACGUCACCUCCACACAGCUGGUCCAGAAGAUCGUCCACAUCCUCACCGACAAGCACGGGGCCUGGGGGAACUCCUGUGCCAGCAGCCGGCCCAGGGAGUUCUGGCGCCUCGACUACUGGGAGGACGACCUGAGGCGUCGCCGCCGCUUCAUCAGGAACCCCUUCGGAUCCACGCACGGCCAGGCCACACUCAAAGGCGCCGCCGAACACGUCAAUAGUACCAGCGCUUCCGAUGAAGAUAUCCUCAAAGGCAAACAGUCAAUCAGAGGUCAGGGCCUGGCCAAUCAGAACUCUGAGAGUGACGUUUUCUCAGACGGAGACGAUGAGACUCUAUCAUCAUUGGAAGAGAAGGACUUGGAGAAUCUAACAGGGUCCGUGAACCUGACGACCAGCGCAGAGCUCGUGGCUCCGGCCGCGGUGGUGAAGGGCACGCUCUCCAUCACAUCCUCGGAGGUUUACUUCGAGGUGGAUGAGGACGAGCCCAGCUUCAAGGCCAUCGAUCCCAAGAUCUUGGCGUACACAGAGGGACUCCACGGGAAAUGGCUGUUCACGGAGAUCCGCGCUGUCUUCUCCAGGCGCUACCUGCUGCAGAACACCGCCCUGGAAGUCUUCAUGGCCAACAGAACGGCAGUCAUGUUCAACCUACCCGACGCCUCCAUUGUGAAGAAGGUGGUCCACUGUCUGCCUCGUGUCGGGGUGGGCACGAACUUUGGCCUUCCUCAGACCAGGCGGAUCUCUCUGGCCUCCCCCAAGCAACUGUUCAAGGCUUCCACCAUGACCCAGCGCUGGCAGCGACGCGAGGUCUCCAACUUUGAAUACCUCAUCUUCCUCAACACCGUCUCUGGACGCACCUUCAAUGACCUCAACCAGUACCCGGUCUUCCCCUGGGUCAUCACCAACUACGACUCGGAGACACUGGACCUGACUCUGCCCAGCAACUUCCGGGACCUCUCCAAGCCCAUCGGUGCUCUGAACCCCAAGAGGGCGGCGUUCUUCUCUGACCGCUAUGAAUCCUGGGAGGAUGAACAGGUCCCCAAGUUCCACUACGGGACCCACUACUCAACCUCCAGCUUCGUCCAGACCUGGCUGCUGCGCGUCGAGCCCUUUACAACAUUCUUCCUCAACUUCCAAGGCGGGAAGUUUGACCACGCGGACCGAACCUUCUCCUCCGUGGCGCGGGCCUGGAGGAACUGCCAAAGAGACACGUCCGACGUCAAGGAGCUGAUCCCAGAGUUCUACUACCUGGCCGAGAUGUUCAUCAACUCCAACGACUACAGCCUCGGCGUGAUGGAGGACGGCACGGCCGUCUCGGACGUUGAGCUCCCUCCCUGGGCCAAGACACCCGAGGAGUUUGUCCGCAUCAACCGGCUGGCGCUGGAGAGUGAGUUUGUGUCGUGCCAGCUGCACCAGUGGAUCGACCUGAUCUUCGGCUACAAACAGCAGGGGCCCGAGGCCACCAGGGCCCUCAACGUCUUCUACUACCUGACCUACGAGGGCGCCGUGAACCUCAGCUCCAUCACGGACCCCAUGCUGCGCGAGGCUGUGGAGUCUCAGAUCAGGAGCUUUGGACAGACGCCCUGCCAGCUGCUCAUCGAACCACACGCACCCCGCAGCUCCGCUAUGCAAGUGACGCCCCUGAUGUUCACGGAGCAGAUGCAGCAGGACGUCAUCAUGGUGCUCAAGUUCCCCUCCAACUCGCCCGUCACUCACGUGGCGGCCAACACCCAGCCGGGCCUGGCCGCGCCCGCCAUCAUCACUGUCACCGCCAACCGCCUCUUCGCCGUCAACAAGUGGCACGGCCUCACGGCCAAUCAGAGCUCGGCGGUGCAGGAUCAGCAGUACCAACUUCCUGUGGAAAUUGACCCUCUAAUAGCUAACAACCUGGGAGGUCCUCGCCGUCAGAUCUCUGACCUGCUGGACCAGAGCAUCCACAUCAGCUCCCAGUGUUUCCUCAUCACCGCCGACAACCGUUUCAUCCUGCUCUGUGGCUUCUGGGACAAGAGCUUCCGGGUGUACUCCACCGACUCAGGGAAGCUGACUCAGAUAGUGUUUGGCCACCGAGACGUGGUGACCUGCCUGGCCCGCUCAGAGUCCUACAUCGGGGGGGACUGCUACGUGCUGUCUGGCUCCCGGGACGCCACCCUGCUCCUCUGGUACUGGAACGGCAAGAACAACAGCAUCGGAGAGAGCCCUGGCACGGAGUUUGUGUCGUCCCGAGCCAUCCUGACGGGCCACGACUGCGAGGUGACGUGCGCCAGCGUGUGUGCGGAGUUGGGUCUGGUCAUCAGCGGCUGCAAGGAGGGCCCUUGUCUGAUCCACUCCAUGAACGGGGACCUGCUGCGCACCCUGGAGGGCCCAGAGGGCUGUGUGCGGCCCCGCCUCAUCCAGGCGUCCACGGAGGGCCACUGCAUGGUGUACUACGACAAGGGCCACUUCUGCCUGUUCAGCGUCAACGGCAAGCUGCUGGGGGACCACGAGCUGGAGGACAGCAUCAAGGCGAUGCAGAUGAGUCGUGACGGCCAGUACCUGCUGACGGGGGGAGACGGAGGGGUGGUGUCCGUCUGGCAGAUCCACGACCUCAAGCAGCUCUUCACCUACCCGGGCUGCGACGCCGGGAUCCGCUCCAUGGCCUUGUCCAAUGACCAGAGGUGCAUCAUAACAGGCAUGGCGUCUGGCAGCAUCGUCCUGUUCUACAACGACUUCAACAGAUGGCACCACGAGUACCAGACCAGAUACUAGAUCAGACCAGACCAGAUACUAGAACAGACCAGACCAGAUACUAGAACAGACCAGAUACUAGACCAGACCAGAUACUAGACCAGACCAGAUACUAGUCUAGACCAGACCAGAUACUAGACUAGACCAGACCAGAUAAUAGACCAGAUCAGAUACUAGACUAGACCAGAUCAGAUACUAGACCAGACCAGAUCAGAUACUAGACCAGACCAGAUACUAGACUAGACCAGAACAGAUACUAGACCAGACCAGAUACUCGACCAGAUACCAGACCAGAUACCAGAAUAGACCAAAUACCAGACUAGACCUGAUUCUAGGCCGGACCAGACCAGACCCGAUACUGACUCUCUGUGUUGGAGUCUCAGUAGCACACAGCCGUCCACACCCUGAUAUCCUGAAUGUAAUCUAAAGAAAACAUACUGUCAACGUUAUAUCGAGAAGAGGCAAACUAUUUUUGAAAAAGAAAAAAAGGUAAAAUACAAAGGACAUUGCUAUAUUUUGUAGAUGAUUUAGAAGAUGUUUUCUUAUGGUAUAAAUGAAAGGGUGGGGGGUUAUAUACUGUACGGUUAAAAAAGCAAAAUCUAUUUUUAGCUGUAAGAGUCUAUUUUCAUCUCUUUGGGAGGAAAAUGAUGAUGUGUGCAAAGCUAGCAAGAUGUGUUCACGAUCCAAAUAUUUAUCUACUGUUGGGUGAGCGAUUAUGUUUUUUUUUUUGUUUUUUUCAAUCGGUGUGACGGUGGGGACUUAUAUAAAAAAUGAAACCUACACACAUAUAUAUAAAUAAAUAAAAGGUGUUGUAUUUUUAAUAUGCCCUAUGCCACUGUGGCGUCCCACAGGGUUCACUACGUUAGACAGUACACAGUGGCGGAGGAGUCCUUGUAACAGGACGUCGCAGUGAAAUGAAGGUUAAACACGUAUACCUAACACCUGUCUCAAUGUAACCCUCUUGUUUCUGGUCCCCUUGUGCUUCACGAGUGACUGCCUCCCCCCCCCCACCUCCCCUCACCCUCACCCUUUGCAUGGUUCCCCACUCAACUACCUACCCGUCGCAAUCAUUAACUUAAUCAAUAACUGUAUCGUUCAAUUGCGCUGGCCGGCGCAAGCAUUUCAGAUUUCUGCGGAUGGGAGGCGUGGUUCGUCUUCCCGUCGCAAUUUAUGUCAUGGAUAAUUUUUGCGUUCGAUUUUUUUUGUUUUUGCUUUUUUUAAUGUUUCAGAGUACAAAAGCAAAGGGUUUAGCUCUCUUUUCUGAUCACAUAUCCACAAUGGAAGUUCUAGUUUUGAGUGUUGGACUUGAUUAUCGCCGUUCUAUUAGUCAUGUGUCUAUUAGUUAUCAGGUAGACUCUAGAUUUCUUAGUACCUCGGAUUGUUGUCUUUGUUUCUGGGGCAACAACCUUCUCGUCCAACCGGAGAUGAUUGUGGACUGAAAGACAGCAUUUCUGUCGAGCUCCAUUUAUUUUUGUUUUGUGUUUUGUCACUCUCUCUUUUGGUUCUUCUUCAGACUAUGAUGUGUGACGUUUAAAGGAAAAGCAUAACGUGCGAGGAUGAGUCGUAGCUCGCGUCGUCUGGAUUCUGUGAAAUGUCUUGCCUUGGCUUCGACCAAACAUUCCAUUAUGGUUUUAACUGAGCUUGGUGUGGUUUCAAGUAUUCAAUUAAAUCCCAAAAAGAAUAUAAUCUCGUUAUGUAUGGCUCAAUCUGGAGUGUGUUUGGUGUUUGCAGAGCUAUGACAAUAAAAUGUUAUUUUAUAACUUCAA